AUGGACUCCAACUACAAUAACAACGGUAUGACGCACCAGAUGCCUUCUGGUCCGGGCGGUGCACAGGGCGGAGCGGAUGAGCUCCCGCCUCCUUGGAUCCGGGAAUUCGACCAAACGUACCAAACCUUCUUCUACGUCAACCCAUCCACCAACCCGCCCACCACAUCGUGGACGCACCCGUCCCUCCCCGUUGGGCAGGCCGCACCUGAACAAGUCCAGGCUAUCCAGUCCGCCGUGGGUCAUGACGGUGGAAGCCACAACGGGUCUGCAGUGGACUAUAUGAACUCUGCGAGCCUCGCCUCUCCCGCUAGCGGCGCCGGCGGGCAGCAGCAGUACCCGCACUCGCCUAGCGUGGAUGGCCAGGCGGGACCGGGCGUACGGGCCGGAAGUGGUGAGCGGGGGAUGGGCACGAAUGUGGCUAUGAGCAUGUUGCAGAGUUCUAUGGGUGGGGGGAAGCAUAACAGUGGGGGGUAUGGCGGUGGAGGGGGGUAUGGGGGACACUCUGGUGGUGGUGGCGGUGGCGCGGCUGCUAUGGUCGGUAAGCUCGCCAGCAGCUUCCUCGGCGGCAACAAGCAGCACGGUAAUUCUGGCGGAUACGGCAACAACCUCAACAACAACUACGGUAACUCCGGUCACUCAUCGUAUGGCCAGCCCUCGGGCGCACCGCCAUUCAUGUCCAGUGGCGGCGAUGGCGGCGGGGGUCUAGGCGGGAUGCUCAACUCCGUCAUGGGCGGCGGGAAGCAGCACAACCAGGGCGGGUACGGGCAGUCUCACGGCGGAGGAGGUGGGGGUGGGCUUGGAGGGAUGCUGAGCAGCGUCAUGGGAGGUGGGAACCAGCAUGGGGGACAACACCAGCAAGGCGGAGGGGGGCUGGGCGGGAUGUUGAACAGCGUGAUGGGUGGAGGAAAGCAGAAUCAUGGGCAGGGAGGUGGGUAUGGUGGUCAGCAGGGUUACCAGGGACAGCAGAGUGGAGGGCAGUAUGGUGGUGGGGGCCAGUAUGGGCAGCAGGGAGGGAGUAACCAGGGUUUCUACCGGUAG